AUGCAGUUAAUAGACAAAGCAGUCGAGUUACGAGACUCGCAAAUUCUCAACAUUCAAUCCUAUGAAAAAAUGGUCUGGCGAAGGCGAUUUAUGGCCGUGGCGACAGUAAUUACAUGGAUAGCCGUUAUUGUGUUGAUCGCCGCUUUGGCGACUCCAAAUUGGGCAGUGUUAGAUUUUAUGAAUACGGAAUAUCAGCAAGUACAUGUCCAACUUGGAGUUUGGGGAGAAUGGCGGACUAUCACAGAUGUUUCCCAUAAAAAUGUUGAGUGGAUUCCUCACUUUCCUACACCUCCUGAAAAUGUGGCUCGUCUAGCUGAUGCCGAUCUGAAACAUUACUAUCGAGCUCAAGCAGCCAUAGGAGUGAUUGCUUUGUUUCUAUUGCUAUCAACGAACACUCUGGCCCUUUAUACCUUCUAUCAUCAUCGAUAUAUCUAUAAACGACUUACUGCAGGAUUGUUUCUGCUUGUUGGUGAGUCGCUGUACUUUUUUCAUUGA